AAACACGCACUCCAUAACGUCGGCUUCAUGCCGCAUCUGCUGCCCUCAGUGGUAGGUAUAGAUAUUGCAGUUUUUUAGGAGAGCUAUGUGAUAAUAUUCUUUGACUGGCCUAAAGCGGAGCAGCGUCGGAAAAAUCUGUGCUUGGUUCUUAGGCGCUCAAUUUAUCGCGACUCAAGGCCAAACUCGCCCAGAAGCCUGCAUCUCACGAUGGAAAACGAGAAGCCGCCACCGUAUGUCCAGUAUCUCCCGGCAGAUGCUGCGGUCACGUUGGUGCAAGCCGAGCCAUCGCUGUCAGAGAGAGCACAGAGCAGAACAUACAUAUCUCGGUGCACACAGAAGAGAUUAUUCAAAUUUGGUGUCCCCGUCUGCCUGACGGCCAUAGCGACUGCUUUGACACUGUUCUUAUUCCUCGGAAACAAGUCUUCUUCGAAUGCAGAGCAUGGUAAACAUUUUGAUCUGCCUGAGGUUGAGAACCUGGCUCUACUAUCAAUUGUGGGCAACUCUAUGACCGUUACCUGGGAGCGGCCUGGAUCUCAUUUUGACUACUACUGGGUCAGCAUCAGUGAGGACAGUGGCCAAAGGAAAGCUACCGUGAAACAGCACCGUAUGGGCUCAUGCGGAAACGGCACCAUCAUCCAUCCAAGCCAGAACCGAGUCACCUGCACCAACAUCGACGCUUGCACGAACGUCAGCUUGAGUGUGCGUACACAUCAAAACGGACCACCCGAACGUACAUCGCGAGGAGCUGAAAUAGGAGGCAUUUUUAUAGCCGGAGAAGAUCCAGAUCCCCCAAAGAACAUCACUGUGGCUGGGAUAUCGCCUUCGCUCACCCGGCUAGAGUGGGCGCCGCCGGCUAAUGUGUCCGGAAAGCUUACUACAUACACCGUUAAACUAUGCCACAAUUUUACUUCUUGUAACGGAGCCGAAAGCCUGACUGAUUGCAUAGACCAGGUGACGUCACAGACAUGGCUGAAAUUUGAAAGCAACGUGAAUACGAAGUAUUGUGUCGUGGUUGUGGCAAGUGCUGAAUGCGGUCCCCACGUUUUAAGAAGUCGCCCAUCCGUAGCGGAAAUAUGGACACCUUCGUUUGCGCCUCCUGAAAUUACUGGCCUCCGCCUGGUUAAGCGAGGAGAAAGCUUCUUCACUGUAGCCUGGAACAGGCCUAUGGCCAUCUUUGACUACUACCGCGUGGUGCUAAACGACAUCGAGAAUGCAAGCGGACCUCCAGUACCCGUCAUUGUUGGUUCAUGCGCAAAGGGCACAAUUGUUCACCCGGAUCAGACUGAAAUAACCUGCAACCAACUUGAGCCUUGGAACACAUAUACAUUUGAGAUCCGAACGCACCUCAAUGGACCACCUGCCCGAAGCUCUGUUAGCGUCGUAAAACACAUUGUAACGAACCGCAAAGCUUUACCGGAGGUGUCGAACCUGCAGGUGGCAAACAUUACUGCUACCUCUUUUGCUGUGACCUGGGAACGGCCAAAAGACUGCAUAGAAUACUACACGGUUGAAGUCACUGACCACAGCAGUGGCAACACUGGCGACAGGCUCUACAGCGUGGUGUCAUGCAACAAUGGCGCUGCUCUUAAUCCGAGGCAGACUAGUGUCACCUGCACCAAAUCCGACACGUGCACUAGCAUCAGUGUGCGAGUGAAAACGCACACCAGAGGUCAUCCUGAACAUGCGUCACCUGGAAUAACACUGGAGAAUGUCCUUAUUCCUGGAACAGGGCUUCCUGAAGUGACCAACCUGAAGUUGGUAGCAGUCAAAAAUGACUCUUUCACCGUCACAUUUCAAGCACCAAGGGACUGCGUAGACCAAUUCCAUUAUAAUAUCACUGAUCACAGCUACCCUAGACGUAAAGUGAACGACAAAAUCUGCGUUCAUGAGAGCCUGAGCAAGUCCAACAAUUUUCAGGUCACAUGCAGUGGAGUUGAGGCGUGUGGCAAGGUGGACUUUGCAGUGGGGUCCCGUAAAGACGAACCACAUAUACCUGAUUCUCCUGGAGUCGCGCUGCGUGGUAUCUUCAUCCGUGGUAAAUGUAAUGGGUAGUAUUUUCAGCUACAGUUAUGACGCUUCUUCUGAAACUAAUAUAAUAAGUCUCAGUCCUCAACGAUAUUUAAAACCGGCGACCGUAACAAAAAAAAAAAAAAAACGAAACGCGGCUGUUUGUUUGUCAGGCUGCUGUCACCGUCAUAAUCACUCUAAACCUUGCGUCAAACAUAUUUGGGCAAAAAGUUCCAGAUGUUCAAAAAAACUUUUCGUGUAUUAGUAAAUCACUAUAUUGACCCCGGUUUUACAAUGUGAAUGCAAAUCAACAGAAUUUCUGCCGUAAAUUUUUCAUUACAGAAUUACCCGUUGUUGUUAUCAUAAGUGCUUGUAAUUCUGGCAGUUAUCAUAUUAGUAAUUCUGCUAGUGUGUUGUGAGAAAAAUUUUUUUUCCAGAAUUGCAGGUCAGCAAACUCUCGAACACCAGAACGUUUCUUCUGCUUUCAAAAGCACAAGUAGGAUAUAAUCUACCUUAUUAAAACUCAGAAAAAAAACUAAGGCUGUUUAACUAAAAAUUGACGCAACAUUUUAUUUUCGCUUUUUGUUAGCAGCCUGCCAACAUUGUAUGACAUGUGCCGGCCAGCUUCAUGUCUUGCUCGAAAUUUUCGUUUUAGCAAUAUUUUACAGUGAAGCUGUAUAUGGCUAGGGUCGCUGGAAUUUUUUUGUAUACGUCGGCGAAAAACUAUCAUCAUCAAUGUCUUAUACCCCCGUAAGCUAGGAAAAAAUGCAAUGGCUCAUAGCUCCGUAUGGCAGAGGCUACAAGCACUCAGCAAAGUGAACAGUGCAUACAUUCUUUGGAAUCACGCAUACAGCAUACGGAAAAGCAUACAUUUCUGUAAAGAACAAGUUCAAAACAAGCACCCGAAAUACAUACUAGAUGAUAAGGUGCUCGUGAUAGCAAUUCGAAGCACGUAGCGCUCAUCGCGUCGCAUACGUUUCACGGUAAAGAUUAUUGUUGCGCAAGCCACCGUGGCGACACCAGCUUGCGACGUGGGGAUCCCUAGCGUUUCAUAUACAAAAAAAGAAAGAAAAAAAAGAACAGCCUAGGAAUGAUGUUGUUGCAGCACCGCUAUGGGUGGCGGCGUGCUGUCCAAAUUACCAUUACUCCCAUUCCUACCAUUAUUCUUUAAUAACACUACCAUUACCCUAAAGCCAUAAAUUGCAUUGCAUAACCCCAUCAGUAGUUGUAGUGGUGGUUUUCAACAGCGUCGCUGGACAUCCAC